UUUCAAUUCUUCAUUUUCUGCAACAAUAACUUUCUUUGUAUACUCACACAGCAACAAAUGGAAUGUUUUGGAACUCGUCUUGUGCUGCUUCAUGCCUUCCUCUUGCUCUUUUCUCUGCAAGUACGCUCUGAUGAAGAACAGGACCUACUACAAGGAAUCAACAGUUUCAGGACUUCAGCCAACGCUCCGGCACUGGUGAAGCACGACAAGGCCGACUGCGUGGCUGAUGAGAUAGCUGACAAAAUGGAGGACAAGAGCUGUGGGUCCAGCACGGGGGCGACCAUGCAGUCGCAGCUCAUGUCGGACUACCCGGCCGUGCUGAGCAAGUGCAAGGUAGACGUGAACACGACAACGGAUGGGAUGAUCCUGCCGGUGUGCGUGCCUAAACGGACAGCGACGCUGGUCCUAACAAACUACACGCAGUCUCAGAACGCAAAGUACUUGAACGACUCCAAGUUCACCGGGGCAGGAAUAGGGACGGAGGACGAUUGGACCGUCUUGGUGCUGACCACGAACACUCAUGGAGGUAGCUUUGCCAGCACAGCUCAUCGUUGUCUAACCCGUUAUUAUGGGCUGUCUAUUCUGUUUCUACUAUCUCUGGCUUUUGUGUAUUAAUGGAGUUGCAUAAUCUGUAUUUGGUGAAGUAAAACUGUGUAUGUACCGUACGCACUCUAGAGAAUUGCAUUUCAAUAUAAAACUAGUUUGUUGUUUUA